UGUUUAUGUUAGUACAGUCUAUGAGAAGGUGUACAGGAGGCCAGGUCAUGCGCACGUUGAUUAUCUUAGGUACUAUGUCGGUGAUGGUGUGGGUCGGCAGUUGUACGCCGAUAGACCGAGAUGACACCUUCAGAUCUCUAGAACAGCGUCUGCUCGUCCGUAGAUCUUCUCACGCACAAGAUGUAAAGGGAAGAAAGACAUUACCACAUCACAAUCCUCAAGCUACAACAAAGUCUCGUCCAGAGGUAAAUUUACGUAAAGGUGAGUACAUGUGCUCGGGGCGCGCGUGUCGCCUGCGGCCGGGGGAGGUGCCGCGCGGCUGCAACGGCGUCUGUCAGUAUCCGGUCUAAUAGGAAACUGUUGUAACUCUAAUUUUGUCAUAUUUCGUAUUAAUACUUUUAAAUGUCAUAUCAUCAAAAUUUACCUAAUAGUCUAAAAAAAAAUUACAAAAAAUAAAUUCUUUUUUGUUUUUCACAGUCCUGUUUAUUUUAACUUUUUGAAUUAAACAAGAUUUGAGAUACAUUGUAUUAGUAAGAAAAUUGUUAUUUUCAGAUGUUAUCUGUGCAAAAAAAUAAAAAACCAAAAUAAAACUAAUUAAAUUUA